ACAUUCAUGGCAGACCAACCCGAUUAUUACAAGGUUCUGGGUGUUGCCUCAUCUGCGACAGCGCAGCAAAUUCGCGAUGCAUACAAGAGAGCGUCACUAAAGACCCAUCCGGAUCGUGUACCAGUAGACUCCCCCGAUAGAGCUUCCCGGACUCGGCAAUUUCAAAGAGUAAACGACGCCUACUACACUCUGUCAGACCGAGAGCGACGUCGACAGUACGAUGCAGCCCGCAGAGACCACUUUGCCGAGGAAGACGAUACCGCUGAUGAAGAGGUCCCUCGUGGAGGAGCCGGGGCUUUCCCAUGGUCGACAUUUGGCUUUGGUGGCUCAGAACAGGAACGCCAGGGACGUGACUCUGAUCAAUUCGGGUCGGUGUUUGAGGAAAUGCUGCGCGAGGAAGGGAUGGCUAGCGAGGAAGCCGAUGGACAGUCAGUGCCAACGAAGAAAUUCUGGUCUCUUGUCGGGGCAGUGAGUGGUGGUGCAUUGGGCUUUAUUGUCGCGAAUGUGCCUGGCGCCCUGGCCGGCGCUGUCGCUGGAAACAGACUCGGUGCUGUUCGCGACGCCAAAGGGAAGAGUGUCUACGACGUGUUCAUUGAGCUGCCUCAAUCAGACCGCGCGAGACUUUUGAGUGAACUUGCGGCCAAAACUCUGUCUGUCCUACGACUCGAGAGUAAAGUAGCCUGCUGGUAUCUUUGCCUUUUGUUCACUUUCUACUUGACAAUUCAAAUUAAUCUCCCGAAUUUACCAGAGGCUUCCGCCCAUACGAUCCCAACAAUGGCCACCGCAGCAACCGGCGUCUACCCCUCCUUGGAGAAUCGGCCUCUCAAGGGGACAGUUUGUCUCUUUGAUGUCGACGAAACCCUCAGCCCUGCACGACAACCUGCUACGGCUGAAAUGCACGAGUUGCUCUCGCAGCUCCGCCAUAAAUGCGCAAUUGGUUACAUCAGCGGUUCCGACUUUGUCAAACAGCAAGAACAGCUCGGUUCCUCGUCCGUCCCGGUGGUUUCGCUUUUCGACUUUUGCUUUGCGGAGAACGGGCUGAAUUCGUUUCGUCUGGGAAAGCCACUUGCAAGCACCAGCUUUAUUGAAUGGCUCGGGGAGGACAAAUACCAGAACCUUGUGAAUUUCACGCUCAGGUAUCUUGCAGAUGUUCGACUGCCGCGGAAAAGAGGUACUUUUAUCGAGUUCCGGAAGGGGAUGAUCAACAUCAGCCCCGUGGGGAGGAACGCUACUAUUGCAGAGAGGAAUGAGUUUGAGGAGUACGACAAUGUGCAUAAUGUCAGAAAGACUCUGGUGGAGGCCCUCAGGAAAGAAUUCCCAGACUAUGGCCUGACCUACUCCAUCGGCGGUAAGAUCUCCUUCGACGUCUUCCCCACUGGCUGGGACAAGACCUACUGCCUGCGCCACCUCGAGGCCGAAAAGGAAUCAACCGGAGUCGAGUACAAGAACAUCCACUUCUUCGGCGACAAGUGCAUGCCCGGCGGCAACGACCACGAGAUCUUUAGCGACGAGAGGACGAUUGGCCACUCAGUCGACAGCCCGGAGCACACGAUGAAGUUGCUGAGGGAGUUGUUUGAGCUGUCGUGA